AUGAGACCCCCAAAGAAUCGAACAUUUAACCUGCUCCACACAAUCUGUAAAAUCAUAUAUCUCAGCUGUGCUACCAAUUUCUGGUUUGAAGACAUGAAAUAUCCUGCAAAGUUUAUGAGAAUCUACAAAGCGAUAUCUUGUGUCUUAGAAGUUGCUGCAGCUGCGUUCAUAAUUUCUGAAUGGGGCUCUUUUUUCACGCAACCGAAUUUAACGGAAAAGCAGAGUACAGAUAGAUUCUUAUUCGCGGUUCCACAUGCAGUCAUGUAUGCUGUUUAUAUCAGUUUGGUUUAUUACAAGAAGCAAGUCAGAGAACUGGUGAAGACUCUGGCUGUGACUCUGGGAGGAAUGUGUAAUGAUGAGAUGAUCGAGAAGAUGAUGGUUAGAGCAACGUGUCGAUAUCUCGUGGCGCUGGGUUUUCUGUGCGGUUCCACGUUGCUUUCUUAUGGGGUUGUAAAUGGAUUUCAGGCUCUUACAACAAAUGCAACCUUUACCACCACUAUCACGUUAUGGCCAGAUGUUGAAGACCUAACUCCAAUAGCUGGUGCAACCCGCAUAAUUUUCUAUGUCUUCUGGUGGAUCUUCGUGAUCCGAGUUGUCGCCAUCUACUUCGUUAUCCUCACCAGCACCGUCGUGAUCGCACACCAUUUUAAAAAACUGUGUAAAUACUUUGAAGACCUGAACGGCAUUUUCGAGGGUAGCGGCAGUCAGGAAGAGAAAGAGAAGAGAUAUGAAGACGCUUUUAAAUUUGGGAUUCAAAUGCAUUCUCUCACGUUAUGGUGCAUUCGACAGCUUCAGCUGGCGGGCGGCGUGGCGUUCACCGGGCAAGUUAUGUUGAACGUCGGAGUGCUUGUGCUGCUGAUGAUUCAGAUGAUGAUGUUCACAGAGCGAACCCUAAUGGCUUUGAUGCCCAUAGUCUCCUUUUCCUCGGCGGUUCUGUGCGGCACUGCAGUAUUUGUGUGGAACGCUGGAGACGUCACUACCGAGGCAUCUCGUCUGCCAACCGCCAUGUUUCACUCCGGCUGGCACAACUGCACGAGACUGUCUUCAGUGCGGAUGCGGAAAGUAGUCACCAUCGCGAUCGCACAAGCUCAGAAACGAGUUUCGAUAAAAGGCCUCGGAUUCAUCAGGCUGUCAUAUGAAUCUUAUGUAAAGGUAGGUACUUCUAUGCAAAUGGAUCCUUUGACCAUAACGUUUUCAGACGCGACUUUCACCGUCAUGAUCCCUGUAUGGCCAGACGUUGAAGACCGAAGAAUUAUCGCCGCAGCUGCUCGCAUAGUCCACUAUAUUGUCUGGUUGAUUUUCAUGGUCCGGGUCCUCGUCCUCUACAUGUUAAUUAUCACCAGCACCAUUGCUAUCGCGCACCAGUUCAAGCAUCUGUGCAAAUAUUUUGAAGACCUGAACGAUAUCUUUGAAGGCAGUGGCAGUCAGGAGGAAAAGGAGAGGAAAUAUGAAAAUGCUUUUAAAGUUGGGGUUAAAAUGCAUUCUAUCACGCUAUGGUGCACGAGGCAGAUACAGCUAACAGGCGGCGUGGCAUUCAGCGGUCAGGUCAUCAUAAACGUCUGCACACUCGGCCUGCUCAUGCUUCAGACGAUGUCCACGGAGCGGACGCUUGCCGCCAUGAUGCCGAUCAUCUUCAUGGCGAUGGCAAUCCUGAUCGGCACUGGACUAUUCUUAUGGAACGCUGGAGACGUCACCAUUGAGGCGACUCUCCUGCCAGCAGCCAUGUUCCACUCGGGCUGGUACAACUGCACCAGACACUCCUCGGUGCGUGUGCGCAAGCUGGUCACCAUCUCCAUCGCGCAAGCGCAAAAACCAGUACUGAUAAAAGGGCUCGGAUUCAUUGAACUAUCAUAUGAAUCUUACGUUACGAUUGUUAAGUCAUCGUACUCUCUGUUUUCAGUAAUAUACUAGAAAUUACCUAAUACUUUAGAAAUACAAUCGUUCAAUUACAGCUGCAUUUGUUCAACUUUUAGAGCCAGUGAUUUGCAUAACUUUAACACUCACCUAACUGCAACUUGAAACAAUCUACAACAAACAAUUAAUUUAUUUCAUGUUUAUUUACUAGCUAUAAAGUAGCAUUAUGAGUAGCGAAACUAAUAAAAUGAGUAGAUACUAAUAAAAACCG